UAUAGAUAUGUUUGACUCUUUGCCGGCUUGAGUAACUUAAAAGUUUGAAAAACCAGAGGUCCAGCAGUUAAUCCACGUCAAGUAUCAGGUGACUGAAGUUUUUUCUCUUUUUUUCUAACCUAUUUCAGGGGUGUCGUAAGUCUUAGAAGUUAGCCCUGAGUCCUUGACACUGAUUUCAAAGAGAAGAUCGGCGGAUUUUUUUGAGAUUCGGAAAUAAGAUUUCCUAGGGCUGUUUUUGCAUCUCUGCGGGAUUUCCAGAAUGGGUGACUGGAGUGCUUUGGGAAGACUGCUUGACAAGGUCCAGGCUUACUCUACGGCAGGGGGAAAGGUCUGGCUGUCAGUGCUCUUCAUCUUCCGCAUCCUGGUCCUGGGCACCGCGGUGGAGAGUGCCUGGGGGGACGAGCAGUCGGCCUUCAAGUGCAACACCCAGCAGCCUGGCUGCGAGAACGUCUGUUAUGACAAGUCCUUCCCCAUCUCGCACGUGCGCUUCUGGGUGCUGCAGAUCAUCUUCGUCUCCUCGCCCACGCUUCUCUACCUCGGUCACAUUUUCUACCUGAUGCACAAGGAGGAGAAGCUGAGGAAGAAAGAGGAGGAACUGAAAGUGUUUCAAAAUGAGGGUGUGGACGUGGACCUCCCUCUGAAGGCCAUCGAGGUGAAGAAGUUCAAGUAUGGGCUGAAGGAGCACGGUAGGGUCAAGAUGAAGGGCGCCCUCUUGUGCACAUACAUCGUGAGCAUCAUUUUCAAAUCUAUCUUCGAGGUUGGCUUCCUGCUCAUACAGUGGUAUGUUUAUGGGUUCAGCCUGGAUGCCAUUUAUACAUGUGAGAGGUGGCCCUGCCCCCACAAAGUUGACUGCUUUCUAUCUCGACCCACCGAGAAAACGGUCUUCAUCAUCUUCAUGCUGGUGGUGUCCCUCGCAUCUCUUCUUCUGAAUGUGAUCGAGCUGACGUACGUCUUCUUCAAAAGAAUUAAGGAUCAAACAAAGAUGAACGAAAGCCACUUCCUUGCCAGCGGCCACUUAAGCCCCAACCCCAAGGACUUGUCGUCUUCCAAGUACGCUACCUGCAAUGGUUGCUUUUCGAUCGCAGCCCCCAUUCCUCCGCCGGGGUACAAGCUAGCUAUCGGGGACAAGGCUAACUCAUGCCGUAACUACAACACGCAAGCUAGCAAGCAGAACUGGGCUAACUACAGUGCCGAGCAAAGCCGGCUGGGUCAGAACGGCAGCACCAUCUCCAACUCCCACGCCCGGGCUUUUGACGACUCCGAGAACCUGAGCCAUAAUGAAACGAAGCUGAGAAUGAGCCAUGAGCUGCAGCCUCUGGGACUUCUGGAACCUCGUCCACUCAGCCAGACUAGUCGUGUUAGCAGCCGGCCUAGACCAGACGACCUAGACGUUUAGCCAGAGCCAAUGUUAAGUCUUGGUUCUCACAUUACAAUGUCCUUGGGGGAUGAAGGAGUUCAGCAUUCAUAAUCACUUUCCUGAAUAAUAAAUGACAGUGACUUAAUAUGA